AGGAUGUAUAAAACCUUCCCCAUCAUCUUCCCCAAAAUUCACACUCACUCUCUCUUUCACCUGCAAAUCGGAAAUGGCAACAGCUUCAUUCCACGCUCCUUCACUCUCCUCUUCCUCUGCUCUUCUUCUGGAUAAAAAAAGCUCAAGGUUCCAAGUUCGAUCCCUACACCCGAUCGCUUCUUUCAAAUCUCACAGAUCAUAUGGUCAAAUCCGAGCCUCCUUCACUGAUUUCUCUGCUUCUCCCAAUACUGGUGGAAGGACUGAAUUAGAUGCUUUGUCACGAUAUAGCGAAGUUGUACCGGAUACUGUUGUCUUCGAUGAUUUCGAGAGGUUUCCUCCAACUGCUGCCACUGUUAGUUCAUCUCUUCUACUGGGAAUUUGCAGCCUCCCUGAUACAACUUUUAAGGGUGCUGUGGAUACUGCAUUGGCAGAUAAGGAGUGUUAUGGUGUAGAGACCCCAAAUGCUCGAAUGACAUGUUUCGUGAAUAAGGCUUUAGUAAAUGUUGGUGCUGAGCUAUCAAGGCUAGUGCCUGGCCGUGUUUCAACUGAAGUAGAUGCUCGCCUUGCAUAUGAUACACAUGCCAUUGUUGCGAAGGUGCAAGACCUAUUACAAUUAUACAAUAGCAUUGACAUCCCUGCAGAGCGUUUAUUAUUCAAAAUCCCCUCAACUUGGCAAGGAAUUGAGGCAGCAAGAAUCUUGGAAUCUGAGGGUAUACAGACACAUAUGACUUUUGUGUAUAGCUUUUGUCAGGCUGCAGCUGCUGCUCAGGCUGGUGCUUCCGUUAUUCAAAUUUUUGUUGGUCGCCUUAGGGAUUGGGCACGCAACCACAGUGGUGAUCCUGAGAUUGAAGCCGCCCUUAAAAGAGGAGAAGAUCCGGGAUUGGCUUUGGUGACAAAAGCUUACAAUUAUAUUCACAAAUACGGGCAUAAAUCGAAAUUGAUGGUUGCCUCAAUCCGAAACAAGCAAGACGUGUUCAAUGUUUUAGGGGUUGAUUAUAUCAUCACUCCGUUGAAGAUAUUGCAAGCUCUUAAAGAAUCUGUGACUCCUGAUGAUGAGAAAUAUACAUUUGUCAAAAGAUUAUCCUCACAAUCAGCUACUGCUUAUAACUUCACUGAUGAAGAGUUGGUGAAGUGGGACCAACUUAGCUUUGCUUCGGCAAUGGGGCCCGCAGCGUUGGAACUUCUGACGUCUGGAAUGGACGGUUAUUCCAACCAAGCAAAGAGGGUCGAGGACUUAUUCGGAAAGAUAUGGCCACCACCAAACGUUUGAGCAAACGUUUCUGAACUCAAUCUCGUUAUCUUGUUUGUAAUCCUCGUUUGAAAGCAACAACGUUGCUAUGUUACUUGCAUAACUCUUUCGACAUCCAUGUUUUCGCUGAUGAUAAAUGAGAAGAUACAUUGUUGUACGGU